AUGGGAGGGGGCGGGUACUUGGUGCUAGGGGGGGCGGCGGGUGUGGAGCCCACCAUAAAAGACCGGCCGAUAGACGCGGGGGAGGAGGCGGGGGUCGUUCACGGUCGGGAGGGAAAUGAGGGGCGCGGCGGCGAGUCGGACGGGGGGGGGGUGGCGAGGGGGGAAUGGGCACGGGUAAGGAGGGGGGGGGUGAGCAGCGGGGGCUCAGUCGACUGGGCGUGGGGGGGGCGGGGAGGGGCGGGAGAGCUGGGGGCGGGGGGAUCGGUGGGUAACGGUUACCGCUUGCUGGUCCUCACCGCCCAGGAGGUGGGGGGUAGGGGAGGGCGGGCACCGGGGCGGCAGGGGGGCGGGAUGGAGGGGGGGGGAGGAGGGUGUAAUGGGGGUGAGGAGUUGGGGGGGUAA